GGAUUUUUCGCGUGUCUCCAAGUGAUCAAAAAAAAAAACAACAAAAACAAGAGUUUCUGUACAUACUUAUCACACGCGCAUCUUCAGCCGAUUUUGUUGACAACUGUUGUCUGUUAUUUUGAGUGAACAUACAGGAAUAGGAAUACGAGAGAAUGGUGCAGAUAAAAACAUUACCUCUGCUCCAAGAUGCCAGAUUCAUUGUUAUUGAUGAAGGUGUGGAAGUGCUGCGUGCAACAGAUCUCGUCACAGGCUGGUUACAAAUGUGGAAAGACACUGGUUCGAAUCACCCGGCGGAUCUACUGCUCUUCUCAGACCCAAAGUUCACAUUUGAUCAUUGGACAGAAAUGUUUAAAGAAGAAAAUUUGACAAUUCAUGAUUAUUACACACAAGACCUUGAUAACAUUUACAAGCCAGAGAAUAUUGAUUUGCGGGAGAUAACGAAGAGAUUCACUUCUGAAAAACAAUCGACAGUCAUAGUCAAUUGUUUGAGUAGUUUAAUAUUAUCAGUUGGUCUGGCUAAAGCUGCUAGAUUUAUCGAGAAGCUAGGAAACCAGGUGUCUCAGCUUAUCUGCAUAUAUCGAAGAGAUUUCGGUAUGCACAGAAUUCCCUGCAUAGAGACCCUAGGGAGCACGUACGUCAGACUCGAUAAAUCGAGUGCAACAAGUUCCGGAUGCGAUAUUAGUUAUGAAAUAUCUGUAACUCAUCGCAAGCAGGGGGGAGGGCUUCUAAAACAUCAUGUAGUGAUUACUCAGGACAUAUUGACGUACGAAAUUAAAUCUGAGAGGGUUCCGGUGGUGCAGUCCCCUAAGAAUGUUCAGACGUCUCCACCUGCUGCAUUAAAGCCACAAGCAACAUUCAGAUUAGACAUGAACUCUCGUGAGCUAGAGCAGAAGAACGAAACACCUCUGCCUUACAUUAUUAAUGACACCAAUCCAGCCAAUGAAUCUAAAAUUUUGUAUGUGCCCGAUGACGUCGAUGAUCUAGAUGAAGAAGAUCCCGAUGAUGAUCUACCGUUUUGAUUUGAGGGGAUAAGGAAUAAAGAAAAAUAUUCAACUGUCGUGUAUUUA